CUUUUUUCUUCAUUUCCAGAUUGGAGGGAACAUGCCCCCUCCCCUCGUGCCUAUUGACCACACGAUAUCAGCAGAUAUGCAGUGGACUAGUUGCGAAUUAGACAAGUCAGUAUGCCUUUCGCGGGAAUCCAUGCAACAUUAUUUUGAUAGAGGCGCGCUUUAUUAAAUCUUUACUCUUACCCCCGCGACGAAGGCCAAUACGAAGAGCGUGAUGGCGAGAAGCAACAGUCAGGACGUUGUCAAUGUGACCGAAGUGGAAGGUUCAGAUUCGAGUGGCAGUAAGGUAUUCAUCCCUCGACACAUCGGUCUGCUUGGUGUCAUCUCUCAUACGAUCGCGACCGUUGUUGGAACAGGUAUCUUCAUCUCUCCUAAGGGUGUCUUGCAGGGAGCAGGCGGAUCAGUCGGUCUUGCUCUCAUCUUCUGGGUGAUAUGCGGUGUCAUCCAAACAUGUGGCUGCUUCAUCUACUCAGAACUGGCGCUAAUGUUUCGCAAAUCAGGAGGUGAAUUCACAUUCAUGUUAGAGGGAUGGGGAAGGACUGCUGGCUUCUUGAAGCUCUGGACCAUUGUGACUGUGAACUCGGCAUCGAUGGCAAUCCAGGCUCAAGUCGUGUCUCAGUAUCUCCUUACUCCAAUUCUUCAGUGCGUCAGUCCACCACUCAUCAGCUUGCGAUUCAUCAGUUUUUGCGCCGUCCUUUUUAUGUUAUUCGUCAACUGUGUCAGCGCCAAAUUACCGACUCGCAUCGCCGGCUUCUUUACAAUGACGAAGACCUUUGGACUCCUGGUGGUUAUUGUUUCUGGCAUCUAUAAUCUCACUCAGGGUCGGACCACUUACCUACAGAAUGCGUUUGAAACUAGCAAUCUGGACGUCACGACGAUACCUCUAGCUGUUUAUUCGGGAAUGUUCGCCUUUGGUGGAUGGGAUGUGGUCAUGUCACUCACAGAGGAAAUUAAGCGACCAGAACGAAACAUUCCUCUGGGAGUGGCGAUAUCCAUGGCAGCUAUAACCAUCCUCUACACCAUGGCAAAUAUUUCCUACUUCACUCUUCUCUCGCCUCAAGAUGUCUUGGAAUCCGAAGCUGUAGCAGCGGACUACAGUGUGCUGACGCUAGGCCGAUGGUCUUGGCUGAUCUGGCUAUUUGUUGCGUUAUCAGCUAUGGGUAAUCUCAACAGCAAAACCUGCAAACAUGGAAGGCAAGUCUUUGCUGCAUCUCGAGAGGGACUCUUUGCAGAGAUAACAUCAAUGCUAAACGUGAGGUACAACACACCUAUCCCGGCCAUCUUUACCCUGGCCCUCAGCCUUCUCUAUCUCAUCGAGACCAGGGUCAUUUCACUUAUCAGGUACCUCAUGUUCAUCGAAACCAUCUUCGAUACGAUGACGGUGGCGGUAUUACCCUAUUUUCGCUGGAAGUAUCCCGAUCUGGAGAGGCCGUUCAGAGCGCCCAUGGUGAUGGUGGUUAUUUACAUGAGCGGUCAAAUCUUCAUCGCGGGUAUGUCUUUCUAUCUGGAUCCGAUGAGGAAGUCUGUCGGCCUGUUCAUCGUCUUGGUUGGUCUCCCCGUCUAUUUCUUCUUCUUCCAUGAACGAUUCAAGCUGAAAUCCAUUGAGCCGUAUACACACAAGAUGACGAAAUUUCUUCAGAGAUUAUUCUACUGUGUCCACCAAGAGAAAAAGACCUUCUAACGAUUGUCAGAUUUUAAAGCACCGAUGUCCAUUUGCACUUUUACCUGCAUCUUAUACUAAAUGUAUGCUCCCUUGUAUGGGCAUCUUGACAAAACUGUUCACCCUUUAUUCUGCUGCAGUUCAGUUGUAUUAAGGAUACUUGGGGUAUCUCCUUAGUAUGGUUAUGAGAGAUAAUUACACCGAAGAAAUGGACAGUCAUGGUUUUGUUUUAAAUUCAUUUUUUAAAUAAAUCAGGUUUGUCUUUUGAAAAAUCUCUAAUCACUUAUGGCAAUUUAAAACGUCACGAGUAUAGGCUAUAACACAAUCGCAGAUAUGGUGUCUCUGGGGUGUACGAUAGGGUUUUGAAAGUGCCCUUUGAUUGAUUUUUGUAAGACUUCGCGAUUGUAUUUCUAUGAGGAAAUACAUGUGAGUAACAUGUUGUUUGUCUUAAAUAAUAAUAAUAAUGAAAUGAAUAUUAGAUCUUAUAGAUAGUAGACGAAAUGGCAUUAUAUUAACUAGUUAUGAGACUAAAUGAACAAUAUACAAAAUGGGUGGUGGACUAAUUGAAGAUCAGACCAAAUGGAAAUGAGACCAAAUGGUCAUUAGCCUAAAAUAUAAGAAGACGAAAUGAUUAUUAGACUAUGUGGUAGUAGACGUGCCUGUGUGUAGAUCAUAAGGGAAUGGACUAAUUGGGUAGUAGACGAACAAGUUGUAGACCAAAUGGCAAUUUACCGCCACUAUGUACACUAUACUCUAGAAUGUACGUUUGGCUGUAAACAUUCAGAAACUUUAGAACAUGCACUAUAGCAAUUUAUAAUACGUUCAGACGUUUUGGAAUGAAACCAAUGUUGUCCAUGUUUGACUUAUCUUUUCUGGAUGAAAAAAACAAACAGUCAUCGUAUGAUAUUUAGAGAAGCACCCCCAAAGUAUGAUAAUAAACCAUGUUUUAUUUAAAGCAAAAUGAUGUAGUUACCUGUGCUUAAACCAGAAAAACAAGCUAAGCAUUGAUUGUUUUAAAAUUAUGCUUUUUACUUCGUAUAAAGAAGAACACCAUAUUGCAAAUCAAAAAGGCAAGCUAUCGUGUCACCAUAGAAAUUGGAAUGUGUUCAACAACUUUUUGUUUUUGAUUAGUUUUAAUUUUUACUGUAAUUAUUGUUGACCUGGUGACCUCUUUAUUUUACUUCAUCAACAGAUGUUUCAAGCUAUUGAUUUAUAUAUAUCAUAUAUAUGCAUCAAUUAUGCAAAAGAUUUAAUGUAUGUAUCCUUCCAUGGAAUAUGUCAUGUGAACUGAAAAGUAUCAAUAAAACAUCUUUGAAAUAUAUUCAAAAAAAUCUGGAUCCACUUCUGCUUUGAGAGGUACAACCGUUAACACAAGCACUUGAUUAUUCAAGCCCAUUAAUUCUUUUAUCAUUUUUAUGGGCGUGAUCUCACAAGAUAACGUGGCUUAGUCAGCGUCAUUAACACUAAUUAAAGAGUUUCAUGUAAGAAUGAUCAUCACAAUUUAAUAUACUUUGAGUUUAACAGGUCACAAAGUUACGGAAUUAUUAAUUAUUUUGUCAAAAUGUUCUG